UGCAAUGGAAAUAUAAUGUAAUUUUACAAAAUGUUAUCAAACAUUGGCGUAAACUUAUCGCAUCCACUCAGUACAUCUUGAAAAUGAGAUAAGAUUAAUAAAUCGAUGCUGAUUUGGAAUAUGUUUUGAUGGUUGUAUAUAACAGAACAUGAAUUACGCACUUAAAAAAUAAUGUGUAUAACGGUACUUUAUCUAUAGAAGUAGACGACAUAUAUCAUCACUCGUGUUAUAACCGCGCUUGUUGAUUUUUGUUGUGUGAUUGAUUAAUUCAUAAUAAAAUGCAUUUAUCAGUUUACUUGAUUAUAAUUGUAUUGCUAUUAUUGGGUUUGCUAAUAUACAAAUAUGCAUUCAAACCUUUUUCGUAUUGGAAAGAAAGGAAUGUUUUGUACAGCAAGGAUUUGAUUCCCAUGUUCGGAAAUACCUGGAAAUCGACAUUCAAGAAAAUAAGUAUGUUUGAUAAUUUCAUUGAAUUGUACGAGGAGUAUCCAAACGAAAGCUACAACGGUAUAUAUAACUUCAAUAUGUCUUCGUUGCUGGUCAGAGAUUUGGAAACGUUGAAGCAGAUCUGCGUUAAAGAUUUCGAUUACUUCACGGAUCACAGACAUCAAGUGGUAAGUGGACUGGAAGAGCUUUUCUUCAAGAAUUUGGUUCAACUUAAUGGUGAUGAAUGGAAACACAUGAGGGCAACUUUGAGUCCGGCUUUCACCGGAAGUAAGAUGAAGGGUAUGUUCGUGAUGAUCUCGGAAUGCGCAAAGCAAUUUGCAGAGAAUUUCGUUGAUCAUAGAGAUGAAGUAGCUGAAAUCGACAUGAAGGAUUUGUUCAGUAGAUUCACCAACGACGUGAUCGCGAGUUGCGCGUUCGGCGUUCAAUGCGAUUCGAUUAAAGAUAGAGAAAACGACUUUUACAUGAUGGGUAAAGACGCUAUGCAAUUUGAAGGUUUCAGAUUAUAUAAAUUCUUCCUGUUCGCCGUGUUUCCCAAGCUGUUCCAAUUCUUUAAAUGCAGGGUCUUUCCGAAGACAACCUCUGACUUUUUCAUGAACAUUAUUCAAGAGACUUUCGAAUAUAGAUCAGCUAAUGGUGUUGUAAGACCCGAUAUGCUUCAUCUUCUUAUGGAAGCUAAGAAAGGAAAAUUGAAGCACGAGGACAAUCAAGAUGAUAAAGUGGAUAAAGGUUUCGCUGUCAUCGAGGAAUCUUCAAUUGGAAAACGGGAAAUCGUGCAGAAAGAGAUCACGAACGAGGAUAUUGCAGCUCAGGCGUUCAUAUUUUUCUUCGCCGGUUUCGAAACUGCCUCCGUUAUUUUAAGUAUGAUGGCCAACGAACUAGCUAUUAACGUCGAUGUUCAGGAAAAGCUGCAAAAGGAAAUCGAUGAUGUCAUGGAGGAACACAAUGGAAAACCAACGUACGAAGCUGUUAUGGGAAUGAAAUAUAUGGAUAUGGUCGUUUCAGAGGUUUUGAGGAAAUGGCCUGCAGCUCCUGUUACAGAUCGAGAAUGCACGAAAGAGUACACGCUGAAAGGAAAAGGAACUAGCUACACUUUGCAGAAAGGAGAAAACAUCACCAUACCAAUCAUAGGAUUGCAAAGAGAUCCACGUUACUUCCCAAAUCCAGAUAAAUUUGAUCCUGAGAGAUUUUUAGAUGAAAAUAAGAAAAAUAUUAUUCCUUAUACGUACAUACCUUUCGGCGUUGGACCUAGAGCUUGCAUUGGAUCACGCUUCGCUUUGAUGGAAAUCAAACUCAUGUUCGUUCAUUUGCUUUCCAAAUUCGAUUUGGUCGUGACCAAGAAAACUGCAGUUCCUAUAACUUUAUCCAGGAAAACAAUAAGGGUUCAACCUGAAGGUGGAUAUUGGGUUGGAAUGAAAAAACGUCAACAAUAAAUAAUUAAUUAUAGAAUCUAAUGAUUUGAACAUUUUUUUGGUACACACUGUUAUUAUUUAUUGAAGUAAUUGUGAUGAAAACAGUAACAAUAAUUUCAAUAAAUUGAUAACUUAUUAUCACAAGGACCUGUUGUGUUGUUGCCUGGGUUAAAAGAUACACGGACAGUUGCAUUGGUUUAAUCCAGUGAUUCCCAAAGUGGUCUAUAUCGACCCCCAGGGGUCUGAAAAGG